AUGUCGGAACAGAACGGUCGCAUUUCCGUCGCUGAAAACGGAACUGUCUCACAACUGAAGUAUGACGGUAAACUCACGAACGGGAACGUCGUGAGCGAAGAUAGCGGCAUCGGCUCUCGGCGCUCUAGCGACGAUUACAUAAAAAAUGGUCUCGAUUUGGACUCGCAGGUAAAGAAAGCAUCCACCUCCGGAAAAGAAUCCAUUGCCCCAGCCGUUAGAAAAUUUGUCAAAUUACGUCACGUGGGCCAGGAGCGACCAGUGUGUUCAGAUACAUUGCACACAAAAUGUAUCGAACGUGUCAUGCUCACAGAGAUUCUGCACGGGGUCGAUCAUGGACCAGACAUUGCCGGCCCUGAACCACGCCCACGUGAAGAAAUGCUUGUGCUAGCACGUGACUUCAUAAACCAGUUCUACCAAUCAAUCAAAAGGCUUAACACACCUGCACACACGAGUCGUCUGCAGGAAGUGGAUGACAGCGUGAAGACGACAGGCACAUACGAGCUCACCACGGCGGAACUAACGUAUGGUGCCAAGACGGCGUGGCGCAACUCAGCACGCUGCAUUGGCCGCAUCCAGUGGUCCAAACUUCAGGACAUCGCCAAGCGGAUCGGCUUUGACACUCGAAAGAGCUCCUCUCUUUGGAAGGAUCGAACUCUUGUGGAAAUUAACGUGGCGGUACUGCACAGUUACCAGUCUCAAGGAGUCACUAUCACUGACCACCACGCCGCCUCGGAGUCGUUUAUGAAACACCUGGACAACAAGCAGAAGCUGCGCGGCGGAUGUCCGGCCGACUGGGUGUGGGUCGUGCCGCCAAUGAGUGGAAGCCUCAUGUCCGUCUUCCAUCAGGAGAUGCUAAAUUACAAGCUCAAACCGAGCUUUGAGUAUCAGGCGGACGCUUGGAAGAAUCAUGUGUGGAAGAAGGACAAAGAGCGCACCAAGUCCAACACGGAAAGACCACGCAGAAAGAUCGGUUUCCGGGAGCUAGCCAGGGCAGUGAAGUUCUCAGCGAAGCUUAUGGGCAAGGCUCUGGCCCGACGGGUGAAGUGUGUGAUCCUGUACGCCACAGAGACCGGAAAGUCCGAGGGGUUCGCGAAGACCCUAUGUCAACUCUUCAAACACGCCUUCGAUGCUAAAGUGUACAGCAUGCAGGAGUAUGACGUCACGGAGUUGGAGCAUGAGGCGCUCGUGCUGAUUGUUACGAGCACGUUCGGAAACGGGGACCCGCCAGAGAACGGCGAGUCCUUUGCUAAGUACCUUCUAGAAACAAGGCACCCGGAGACAAAGGACAAGCUGUCGAGGCAGGUAUCUUAUUUACGGAGCAUAUCGGCGUCGGACGAGCCCGCCUCCGAGACUUCUGACGACCAGCAGAGCAUGACGUCGUCUGAUUCCUCGAAAUCAGUGGAGGAUAAUCUCACCCUUGAGACUGGGCCGCUUAGCAACGUCAGGUUCUCGUUGUUCGGCUUGGGUUCGAGUGCCUACCCGAACUUCUGCGCGUUCGCCCACUACGUGGAUACAAUGUUCGCAUCCCUUGGGGCGGAGCGGAUCCAUGCGCUGGCAGAGGGCGACGAACUGUGUGGGCAAGAGGAGUCCUUUCGCACCUGGGCCAAGGACGUGUUCAAGGCGGCCUGCGAGACAUUCUGCACCGGCGACGAGCGAAUGUUGAAGGACGCCACGGGCUCACUAAGCAUGACGGAGAGUCACUGGACACCGGACCGCUUCCGGGUGACGCCUGCGUCUGGAACUAAGGCACCGGGAAUCAUUGAGGCUCUGUCUACCAUCCAUGGCAAGAACGUGCUACCCUGUCGGUUCAUUGAGCGAAAACAGUUGCAGUCCAUCGAGUCCGACCGCCAGACGAUGCUGAUUAAGUUGGACGCGACCAUGGGGUCGGGCGAGCUGCUCUACCAUCCCGGGGAUCACGUGGCGAUCUUCGCCGAGAACUCCGCCUCCCUCGUGGAUGCCAUACUAAUGCGCCUCCACAACGCCCCGUCCCCUGAUCAGCUGAUCAAGAUAGAAGUCAUGAACGAGCGUUCUACGGCAAUGGUCCUGGGACCCCUACGGCAAGUUACCCGUAUGUACUUUGCGCACGGCACUCACGCGCUACCUGGACAUCACCACGCCCCCUAG